GGACAUGUUUAAUUAGAUUCGAUAAUAAAAAUUAAAGAAUGGGAUAAAUCAAUUUUAAAGCAGAUAAUGUAUCCUACAUAAAGUAAAUAAUUUUAUUUACUUUAAAAAUAAUACAAAAUUUACAAUUUAAAUUAAAAAAAUCAAGGAUUACAUUUACGUAUGGAAUCGGCGUUUGCUAUGGAAUACGUAUAAAGAAAAUUUAGGGUGUAAUAAAAUAAUCGAUCUGUUACGUCCUUGAUCGUUAUCAUGCAACAGAACAAUCCAAUGGGGAAGUUUUUAAAAUCAACAACAAAUAUACAAACCGAAACAGUACAGAGCGGAUAGACGCAAAAACCGAAAGACAUGUCGCGAUUUUGGAAAAAGUUAUGCAAGAAAAAAUACCAAAGAGGAAAAGAAACUAAUCUAGAAAUAUCUCUAAUCGAUUCACAGACUGCAAUUGAAAGCAGAGGGAAACUAGACAUCGCCGAGUUCGAGUUACAACAUUUCGAUUAUCGUUACAUGGUUAAGAGCGAAGAAGCCGAAGACAAAUGGAACGGAUGGCUGAAACCGUCCUGCAUCCCGAUAACUAUCAUCCUGAUCCUGAUCAUCCUGGUCGUCAUUUUACCUCUACUAGAUGAUAAAGAUACUCAGAAGAAGAAAGGCUCUAAAGAUGUUAGUUACGGUGGAUGGAACAAUUGCUCCGAUUCUUGUUUCUUAACUAUAGUGGAAAAUGUGCCGAAGGACUUGAAAAAUCUGUCGCUAUCGCCUCUACAUAACAGCAUCACUUCUGGUUUGCAGGACCUUCUUGAAAAAGCACAAAAAUCAUUAGAUAUCGUUACUACAAACUGGAAUCUACCUUCUGCUAGCUUGGAGGAGAAUGUUAAUAAAUUGUACGAGGAAUUAGAAAGAGCAGUCAACGAAAAAGGAGUACAAUUUAGGAUAGUUAGAAACGACCCUUUUGUUUCUUCUAACAAUCAAAAUGAUCUCUUUGAUUCUGGAAACAUAGAAAUAAGAAAUAUAGAUCUAGGCAGAUUGCAAGGAUCUGGAUCUGUGACAUCGCAGUUAUGGAUAGUUGACGAUCUUCACCUUUAUAUAGGUUCGUCAUCGUUAGACUGGCUGACCAUCGGUCAGAUGAAGGACAUCGGAGUGAUUAUAUAUAACUGCAGCUGCUUGGCCGAAGAUCUGCAGAAAAUAUUCCAGCUGUACUGGACGUUAGCGGGACCCGAUGUCAAAAUUCCUUCCGAUUGGCCUUCGAGUUUGGAAACUACGAUAAAUAAAGAAGUGCCUCUUAGUAUCAACAUCAACGACACCUUCACCCAAAUUUAUUUUUCUAAUUCACCCAACAUCUUGUGUCCGAAAGGUCGAUCUUCGAAUGUGGACAGCGUUAUAGACAUCAUAUCCAAAGCUAAACAUUAUAUAUACAUAUCAGUCAUGGAUUACAUACCAGCCAUGUGCAUUAAUAAAAAUAUCCACUACUGGUCUGUUUUUGAUGAAGCUUUGAGGAAGGCGGCAGUGGAAAAGAAGAUUUCCGUAAAGAUAUUGGCCACUUAUUGGAAAAACACACAUCCUUCUAUGAUUUAUUUUCUGAAAUCUUUGGCAGUUCUCAAUAGUAGUAUGAUACAUAUUGAUGUGAAACUCUUUCAGUUUCCUUCAAAUACAAAAAUAUCCAUGUCACUGAAUAGAGUAAACAGAAAUUCAUUUGUAGUGACAGACAAUGAUGUCUAUUUAAGCACAUUCGGAUGGUCCGGUGAUAGUUUUCUGAACACCGCAGGCCUGGGUAUGAUCAUCAACCAAUCGCAAAAUGACACUAUCAAAUAUCAACCCAUCAGGCAGCAGUUCCAAACAAUAUUCCUUCGGGACUGGACGUCGGUCUAUGCACAUCCACUUUCAGAUUUUGGUUGAUCGCACCUUUGCAAUAAUAUUCCGAAAUUAAUCAUUUAAGUCAUGGGUAUGAUAAUUGCUCAACAUGACAUAUGCAAUGCAAUCAAAAAAUUUUUUCAAUAUAAAUGCACUAAUCAUUUUGAUUAAAAACAUUUUCUAUGUACAGAGUAAUAAAAAAAAGGCAUAAGACACCACAAAAAAUAUCACUGAAAGCAGUUAAUGUUAAUUAAUAGAUUAAACAGAUAUCAUUGUAAUUAAUUUAGGAAUGACGCCUUCAGAAAUAGUAGUUUUAAUUAAUAAAGAUGUGAAAAUUACUAUAAAAUUAUUUAAUGAAAAAUUUUUAAGAUACUACCAUUUGCUCUUAUUUUAGAAUAUGAUUUCAUUAUUUAAAAUAUGGAUUGCAAAAUGCAGAAGUACCAUAGAACCAAACUGUGUUCAUGUAGAAUAGGAUAUUUUUCCCCCUACAUAAAUAAAAAGAGAAAAAUAUUUUUAUGUAGACAAAAUUGUGUAAGAAAUGCUAUUCUUUUUUGCUCUGCUUUGAAUGGGAACUUGAGUAUUUAAUUCCAAGAAGCUUCUUUAUAACAGUAUGAAUUUGUUUAAAAAAUCAAUACAUCAUUUAAAUACAGGUGUACCCUGAUUUAUGUAAAUGUUUUGUGUUUAAAACUAAGUUGAAAAUUUUCCAUAACAAAUAUAUUUGAAAUGGUUACUAGUAUAAUUUAUGAUAUGGAUCAUAAUUAAAGGAAAAAUAAUAAAAAUUAUGUUUGAUUUACCAAAUUUAUUGAUGCUUGUAUGUGUAUGCAUGCACAUAAUGAUGUUAAAACUAAUGAUGACAAAUUUAAAAUAUAAAGUAAAUUAAAUUAUUUUAAUCCAUUUUUAUUUAUGGCCGAGGCAAUUAAGACAUUGUCAUAAUGUUCCGGGAUCCCAAAAUCAAAUCCAGAUGAUUCAAAAAUUCCGGAAUUUUUUGGGGUGAUCUGUCUCAGGUAUGUCGGCACUGAGCUUCACUACUUGGAUGACCCCUUUGUAGGUCUGCCCAAACUCACAAUGGACAUAUUUGAAAGGCCCUCUUAGCAUCGAGAGGAUGGAGUCAAAAAUGAGAAAAGAAAAACAAAAUCCAUUUUUAUGAUUAAAGUUUUUUCCAUAAGUCUGAAUCUUGUAAAUUGCAUGUUACAUACAUGAGUCAAGGAGUACUGUACCUGUAUUUCUACCAUAAGAAUCAUUAACUAUUUCUUAAAGUGAGACACUCAAUUAUCCAAGAUUAGAAUGACUGGGAUGUCAAAAAAGCCUACGGAUGAGUCAUUAAGUCAUUGCAAAUUGUCUGCUUUGUAGGCUAUUAGAAUUCUAGUCAAUGGGGAAGGUGAAGAGGAAUGAUGCACUUUAUGGAAGUGUCCAGUUUAUUAAAAGUAAUUUCAGACUGCUUCAUAAAUCUUAGUUGGGUGCAGCAAGUUACCCAAAUGGGAAGUCUAGGUUAUUUACACUAGCAAUCUGAAAAUCCUUCAUUUAUAUCCUGUUAAAUUUAUAUACCCUCAUACACUAACAAAGACUGUUCCGUUUAGUUGGUGAAGGAUUUAAAUGAAACUGGAUUAACCAGAACAACAUUUUUCUCAUUCUUCUGGGUAAUUGAGAGUCUACUGUAAUGUAAACAAAAAAUUUAUUAAACAUUUUUGUGGUAGAAGAAAAGUAAAUAAAUAUUGAUUGAAAGACAAACUAUGCAAAAGUGAUUAAGAAUUAUUUUAAUAAAUAAUAAAUAAAUAAAUUUAUCAAAAAAUAAAUUU